GAUCUGCUUUGUUGUCUGAAUGCCUUGCAGAGUACGCGACGAGGCACAGUUGUGUUGUGCUCUACAUUCAUUCCGGACUGCCAAAGUGUACAAAUCCUGCCGAUAUAAUAAUUGUAAAAAAUGGCUCUGGAGUCGCGUAUCACACAAGAAGAAAUCAAAAAGGAAACAGAGAAGCCAAUCGACAGAGAAAAGACCUGUCCCCUUCUUCUGCGUGUUUUCACCACCAACAAUGGCAGACACCACAGACCAGAUGAAUUUGCUCGCGGCAACGUCCCUUCCAGUGAGCUGCAAAUAUACACAUGGAUGGACGCUACGCUGCGGGAGCUUACUAGCCUGGUGAAGGAGGUGUAUCCAGAAGCGAGGAAAAAAGGAACCCAUUUCAGUUUUUCUAUCGUCUACCCUGACCUUCGAGGAAAAGUGUAUCGCUUCAAAGAGAUGGGCAACACCGUGUCCGGCAGGAAGGGUGCCGAUGACUCCAUGACACUGCAGUCUCAACGUUUUCAUAUUGGAGACUACUUGGACAUCGCCAUCACACCUCCAAAUAGAGCGCCGCCACUUGGUCCACGUAUGAGGCCCUUUUGAGCAAACACACAACCCACCCGCUACUCAAAUGUUGCUUUUUUUUAUCAUUUAGAAAAUGUUUUUGGCUCAUAUUGAAUUUGCAUUGUGUAGUUAAGUAAACGUUUUCCUCAA